AUGAUGCAAGCACAAAAGCAAGUUCAACAGUUCGAUGAAUUAAUGAGAAGAACAAAAGAAAAACAUAAAAUGAUUCAUCAAUUAUGUAUACAACAAAUAAAUACAGACACAUCAAGAAAUAUCCAACCAACAGAGAACAAAAUUGAUGAAUUAACGACAAUAUUAGUUGAACCAUUCAAAACAGCAAUAUCAAGUACAGAAAUUUGUGAUUCAACAGAUGCAUAUGGUCGAAAUAUGGCACGUUUACAAACAUCUAGAAGCAUACUUUUUGAAAGUGCUAUUGAAAUCAAAGAAAUUGGUGAGGAAGAUGACAAUAAUGAUGAUGAUGAUGAUGAUGAUGAUGAUGAGGAUAAUAAUAAUAAUAAUAAUAAUGAGGUAAAAUAG